UGGUUUAUGAACAACUGGACUUGAGAGCAAUUUCAGGACAAUUUAAAGGGAAGAACAUUAAACAUUAGCAAGGUUGCAUAAUAGAGGAAUCCUGGUGAAUCUGCAUUGUAUAAGGAAGCUUCUUCUACUGAACUUACCAUGGUUGGUACAGGUGGUCCUGUGGACACGUUCUCAGUGUGGGACUAUGUUGUGUUUGCUGCCACGAUCUUGGGGGCAGCCGGCAUCGGUCUCUUCCAGGCCUUCCGAAGCCGCAAGGAGACCAGCAGUGCCGAGUUCUUGUUGGGUGGACGGCAAAUGACAGCUGUGCCGGUCGCCAUGUCCCUCACAGCCAGCUUCAUGUCGGGAAUCACGGUCAUCGGCACACCUGCUGAAGCUUACCGGUUUGGAGCUGCCUUCUGGCUCUUCGGAUUCUCCUAUGCCAUCAUGUCUGUCAUCACCGCUGAGAUCUUUGUCCCGCUUUUCUACCGACUGGGGAUAACCAGCGCCUACGAGUACCUGGGGAUGCGCUUUAGUCGGCCCAUUCGGAUAAUUGGGACGUCAAUGUACAUCGCACAGACGGCGCUGUACACCGGUUUAGUAAUCUACGCUCCAGCUCUUGCACUAAAUCAAAUCACUGGACUUAAUCUGUGGGGAGUGCUGGUGGCGACCGGAGCAGUCUGCAUCCUCUACUGCACUUUGGGCGGCCUGAAAGCAGUGAUCUGGACAGAUGUUAUUCAGAUGGUGAUAAUGCUGUCGGGGUUUGUGGCUGUUAUAGCCAGAGGAGCCAUACUGCAGGGAGGCCUGACCAAUAUCUGGGAAGAUUCCCGCCAAGGAGGCCGACUGGAGGCGUUUGACUUUGACACAGAUCCUCUGAAGAGACACACGUUCUGGACCAUUGUAGUCGGAGGCAGCGUGAUGUGGGUGUCUAUCUACUCCAUCAACCAGUCCCAGGUGCAGCGCUACAUCUCCUGCAAAACCUUGGGCCACGCCAAGAUGUCUUUGUAUGUGAACAUGGUCGGCUUGUGGGUAACUGUGAGUCUGGCUGUGUUUUCUGGCCUCACCAUGUACUCCAUUUACAAGAAAUGUGACCCUCUUCUAAACGGUGAUAUAAGCACCCCUGACCAGCUGCUGCCCUACCUUGUGAUGGAUAUUUUGGCGAUCUACCCUGGAAUCCCUGGUUUGUUUGUGGCUGCUGCAUACAGCGGGACUCUGAGCACGGUGUCUUCCAGUAUUAACGCCAUGGUUGCCGUCACUGUGGAAGACUUUAUCCUCCCUGUGUUUAAAAACCUCACAGAGAAACAAGUGAUGUGGAUGAACAUGGGUCUGAGUGUGUUCUAUGGAGUCCUGUGUAUCGGAAUGGCUGGAGUUGCCUCUGUGAUGGGAAGUGUUCUGCAGGCAGCUCUGUCCAUAUUUGGCAUGAUCAGCGGGCCUCUUCUUGGUCUUUACUUGCUGGGCAUGCUUUUCCGAACAUCUAAUUCAGUGGGAGGACUACUGGGAAUGAUCAUUGGUCUUGUGUUGACUCUGUGGGUGGGGAUCGGAGGCCAGAUUUACCCACCGACAGAUGAGAAGACGAAUCCUCUCCAUGUCAGCACUGUGGGCUGCAACAGCACAGUGAGCCACAACUCUUCAACGAUAGCUCCCUGGACCAGUGCGGUUGUGACCGGACAGCCUGGUUUCAGACCAGCUCUGGCCGACUCCUGGUACUCCAUCUCCUACCUCUACCUGUGUCCGUUGGGCACACUGACCACAGUUGCGUGUGGUCUGCUGGUGAGCAUGAUCACAGGUGGAUGUAAACAAGAGAAGCUGAACUCUGAUCUGUUUGUGAGGAGGAGGGACCUAUUCUGCUUCAGCUUCUUCAAUAAAUCAAAGGUGUCAGAUGUCACAGAAAAGGCUUCAACAGAGUUUCAUAUGAAAGCAGACGACUUCGAUUUGAAAAUCAAAGCUGAAAAAUCCACCAAGCUGUAAUGAAGCUCUGUCAAUGUACUGUUCAUCAUGGAGAAUUCUCAUUUUUAUUUUUCUACAUUAAUUGUGCUGAUAAAAAAGAAAGAAAAUUACUCUACUACCUGCUUGUGCAUAUUUAUGUUUCAACAUGCUGCUGAAUAUGAGAAUGAGAUUUUUUAUUUAAAUAUUUGUGAAAAAAAAUUCAAACACUGGAAUUGAACUUAUCGUAACGUAUCGAAUACAAUUAAAAUGUAAAAAGUGCACUUAUGCUGCUUAAUACCUGAGGUGAUUAAAAACCAAGACAUAGCAGAGAAAUGUUCUGCACUGUUCUUCAAAAACAUCAUCAAUAAAAACAGAGAUUUCAUAUGUUGUAAAUGUUAUCAGAACAAUAGAGGGCAAAAGGGCACCUGAAGCAACACAGACACGUCACACCGCGAUCUGUUGUCUUUCUUCCAUUGUUCUCCCUGAAAGCUGAGUUGCUUCACUUCAUUCUAACUCUGACACACUGGAAAAUGAUUGUUGCCCAUUUGUUAUGUUUCUGACUAUAUGUUCAUUGUCUGGUUCUUUUUAUCAGAAUUUUUCUUACCCAAAUUAAUAACAUGUACAAAAAAGUCCCAAGUUGUACUUUUUAAUAAAUAUUUUGUACAAACUGUU